AUGAACGCGUCCGUUGACGAAGCCCAGUGGGACGCGAUAUAUCACUUUCAAAAAGAGCUAGAAACCCUUCUGAUGUAUGAAGGUGAGCUUGUUAGAAAAGAGGCCUGUCUACGGAUGUGUUCUCUUCAUUGCACGUUUUAUGCCUUGCAGCAGUUAAUGAGGUUCCUGCUACGAAGAGUUGUUAUUCAGGAAUCGUUGGAUGUGAUUCACGAAAGGUGGGACACAACUCAGUGGGACUUUGGCGACGAAGUUCUGGAAUCCGUCGUGAAGAACAGAAGCGAAAUGCUGGCAGAGGAACCGUUCCUUCACGAGUCGUUGAUGCUUGAGAGGGAAGAAGGUUUGAGUGAAGAAGAAAAGAAAGAAGCGGAGCUAUGGUUCACUAGAGAGCAGUAUAAAGAUUCGAUCACGCUUCCGCUUAACGACGCACCGACCUUCGAUUCUGGUGAACAUUUUGGCGGUUAUUCAAGAGCAUCAAGAGGAUUCCCUCACUGGAUAGGCACUCCUCGCUUCAAGUAUGUCUCAUUCAUUCCUGAUGAAUUACUGGAUUCGUCAGAGAUUCUUUGCAGUCCGAUGAUGGAUCCUCCUCCUUUGCGUUCUACUCCUAUACCACACCAACUCGAUCGUGUCCCGAUGUCUUUGGCAGGGUUUGUUUUUCAAGAAAGCCGUUUUGCUCUACCUGCUUUCAUAGCGGUACGUUUACUAUUUAGAAAUGGUGGUUAUCCUAUGGGCUACCCACAGCCUGGCGGUGAGAUGAGUAACGGCAACGAAAGAGGAAUGUUUGGACCAAGUCGCAUGUUUAAUCCUAUGGAGGGUCCUCGCCGUGUUCCACCGUUUCCCGGUGCUGCUAUGGCUUUCGAACCUUCAUCGAAUAGCAGAGGCAGUAUACAGCUAAUUAGGACUGAUCGAGUCCUGAGUCUACCAGUCGUGUCUCACCCAUCGGAAACACGUGAAAUCCCCGCUAACACAGAUGCGAUGUUAGUCCGAAGUGCUGACGGGUUGUUUUUGCGACUCAGUAAUGGCUUACUUUUGAAUGCUCAAAACUCCGUGUUCGAUACAGUUCAACAUCGGAUGCCUCCUCUUAUAACCAUACCACCCGAUCCACCGCGACCUUUGCGGCUGCCUCCUCCGCUGAAUCCCGUUCCCGAUGUAAUCGAGUUAGACUAG